AAGACCACAAGAGCCAUAUUUCAGUAAUGAUAGAUGAGUGGCAUAGAAGGGAAAAAGAUUGGAUCUUUACAUGUGAUUCAGAGAGGGAUGCCCACAUGAGAUGGAAGGCAGAAAGCCUAGGGAGGCAACAGUACAUAGAUCACUUGACUAAUCAAGUUUGCAAGGCAGUGAAGAAAGCAUGGGAGAUGGUUGAAAAGGUAGAAGCAUUAAGAAAAGAAGUCAAUCCCAUAGGAGAAUAUGGACAGCGCCUAGUGAACUUUCUAGAUGAGACGAAAGACCAUUAUGCGCAAGUCAAACGCUUUUAUGGAUAUAACUCUAGGAUGUUAAAUCCUAUGUAAUGACAGUUGUAUAGGAUCAAUAAAAAUUUCUAAUGUUGAAGUUCGUCCAAAAGCAAAUAUCUCCCACUUGCAUUCAUGCAUCAUAUGCAUCAUUUUUCAACACAUAACAUUCUAAUUUUUUUUUUCUCUCAAAACAAAAAUUUUGUGGUAAUAAAGGUUCAAGAAUAGCUCGCCCAUCAAAAAUUUCGGUCCAACCUACUCGUCAUUCAUACAAUACCAGGACACAGACAAGAAUCAUGGAGCAAGAACAAGCCAGUAGAUUUGAGAGAAUUGAAAAAGCUCAAGAAGAACUAAAAGGAGAUCUUAGCGCAAUAAUGGCUAUGCUCAAGAAGCUUGACAAGGCAAAAGCAGUGGAAGAAAAUCCUAGCCUUCAAGAGCAAUCACCAGAUAUGGUCGAUCCUGUCUAUCCUCCAGGGUUUGAACCACGACUGAACCAACCUUCACAAGGAACUAGACUACCAGUUCCUACUCCUGGUGGAUAUCCUAAUCCUUAUCCAGGAAUGACAUCCACACUUGCUCCAGGACAAUUUCAAAAUUUUGUUAAUCCCAUUAUGAUGGAAAGACCACCUGAGCCAAUCCUAGUUCCUGAUUUGGAUGAUCCCAAAGAAAGAGAAAAGCUAGGGAUGCAGACGCCUGAAAAGGUAGAAGAUACCAGUGCUCGGGAGAAGAUGAAGUUAUUGGAAGAAAGGCUUAGGGCUGUAGAGGGAAUGAAUUUUUAUGGCUCCACAGAUGCGGCUGACCUUUGUUUAGUUCCAGACGUGGUAAUUCCAACUAAAUUCAAGGUCCCUAAAUUUGAAAAAUAUGAUGGCACAAAAUGUCCAAUGACCCACAUCAUCAUGUAUUGUCGAAAGAUGGCAGCAUAUGCUCGAGACGAGAAGUUGUUAAUGCACAUAUUUCAAGAUAGUCUCACGGGUUCUGCAGCUAGAUGGUAUGUCCAACUAGAUAGAACUCGUAUUCAUUCUUGGCAAGAGCUUACAAAGGCAUUCCUUACACAAUAUCGUCAUGUCACGGAUAUGAUUCCAGAUCGUCUAUCUCUUCAAAGCAUGGAAAAGAAAGCAACUGAAAACUUCAAGGAGUAUGCACAAAGGUGGAGAGAUGUGGCUGCACAAGUCCAACCUCCUCUCACUGAAAAAGAAACAACUAUUUUAUUUGUGAACACCUUGAAAGCACCAUAUUAUGAGAGAUUGAUAGGCAAUGCAACCAAGAACUUUACAGAUAUGGUGAUAUCAGGAGAGAUCAUUGAAAGUGCCAUAAAAAAUGGUAAGCUUGAUGUGGGAGAGACAAGUGGAGCAAGAAAGAGUGGAGCUCCUAGAAAGAAAGAGAAUGAGGCCCAAGCAGUAAAUUUUGUGGGGCAACAAUUCAGAGGUUUCACACCCUACUCUGUACCAGUCUACCAAACCCAUUACCCUUCUGUAAACCAUGUUACAUCCACCCCCCAUUCAUAUCAACCAUACCAGUCAUUACCACAACCAGCUUAUUCACCCCGUUUUCAGCCAUCCUUUCGAACACCCACCUAUUCCUAUAAUCGUCCUGUUAUACCUACAAGACCAGACUGGAGACCUAAUAGUGGUCCAAGAGCCCCAAGAAAUACCCAAGAAAAACUCACUUUCGAUCCCAUUCCCAUGACAUAUACAGAUUUGUAUCCUCGACUUGUUGAGAAACAUCUGCUUGCUCCUGUUAUCAUUGAACCUAUGAAACCUCCGUUUCCCAAAUGGUAUGACCCCAAUGCACAUUGUGAUUAUCAUUAUGGGAAUCCAGGUCAUUCCACUGAGAACUGUACUGCUUUGAAGCGUAAAGUGCAGGGGUUAAUCAAUGAAGGAGUAUUAAAUUUUGAUACCAGCCAACAAGGGACUCCAAAUGUCAAUGGGAACCCUCUACCGAAUCAUACCAGACCAUCAAUAAAUGCUUUGAUUGAUGGGCAAACAAGCUAUGUGAAAAGAAGAAUAGAAGAGGUCAAAACUCCUAUGGCUAAGGUGUUCGAAGUAUUGGUCAAAACUGACAUGUUGAAGCCAAUAGAACCUCAAAAUUACUCUGAAAUAAUAAACUCAACUGAAAGCUGCAAUUAUCACAGAGGUGUUCUGGGGCAUUCUAUCCAGAAUUGUCAUCAAUUUCGUCAGGAGGUGCAAAAAUUGAUAGAUGAAGGUCGAAUGGAGUUUUAUCAAGAAAGAGGAGAGUUGGUGAAAACUGAAGUGUCUACCAUUGAUUCAAAGAAUAAGUUUGUACGUAGACCGGUAACUAUCUAUUAUGAUGAAAAGCCAACAUCAAAGCUAGAAAAACCCGUCUCUCGACCAGUGGUGACAAUUAAAGUUCCUGGCCCUUUUCCAUAUCAGAAUGAUAAAACAGUACCUUGGAAGUAUGAUUAUGAUGUCGUAGUUAACCCAGAUACUGCCAACAUAACGGGUGUAGGAGGCAUAACUCGAAGUGGGAGGUGUUAUACCCCAGAAGCUCUAGAAAAAGCUAGAAAGGAGAAAGCCAAAGUAGGAGAAGAAAAUGAAAAUCAGAGUGGUCUUGACACAACCCUAGAAAAAGAAUGGCAGAAGCCAGUAUCUGAAAGUGAAGCAGGUGAAUUUUUGAAGUUAAUAAAACAUAGCGAGUAUAGCGUGGUAGAACAGCUGAACAAGAUGCCAGCUAGAAUUUCGCUAUUGUCAUUAUUGCUCAGUUCAGAGUCACACCGUAAUGCUUUGCUGAAAGUGCUAAAUCAAGCAUAUGUGUCUCACAAUGCUUCUGUUGAAUAUGUGGAACAGCUUGUUGGCAAUCUGACGAUUUCAAACUAUAUCUCUUUCAGUGAUGAAGAGAUUCCUCCUGAAGGUAGAGGAAGUACCAAGGCUCUUCACAUUACUGUGAAAUGUAAAAGUCAUAUAAUGGCUAAGGUUUUGAUUGAUAAUGGUUCAUCCAUCAAUGUUAUGCCUGUGACUACUUUGACAAAACUUCCUGUUGAUGGAUCUUAUAUGAAACCUAGUCAUAUGAUAGUGAGAGCCUUUGAUGGAACCAGAAGAGAGGUGCUAGGAGAUAUAGAAGUGCCAUUGCAAAUUGGCCCAUGCAUUUUCAAUGUGAAAUUUCAAGUUAUGGACAUCUCUCCUUCAUACAGUUGCUUAUUGGGUAGGCCGUGGAUCCAUAUGGCAGGUGCUGUUCCAUCCUCAUUACAUCAAAAAGUCAAAUUCAUUGUUGAAGGGAAGCUAACAUGUGUGGCAGGAGAAGAAGAUUUAUUGGUAACUCAACCGAUAAAUACUCCUUAUGUGGAAUCAGCAGAUGAAGCUUUAGAAUGCUCUUAUAGAUCCUUCGAGAUUGCCAAUGCAACAUAUAUAGCUGGAGGAUCUAAAUUGUAUUCGCCAUACUUAUCUACGACUACUAAAAUGGUAGUCAAACAGCUUACCAAGAUGGGAUGGCGACCUGAAGCCGGACUUGGGAAGAACCUGCAAGGAAUCACGAAGCCAUCGACUAUAAAUGAAAAGAGAGAUAGAUUUGGCUUGGGAUAUAAGCCAACAAGAGGGGACAGAACAAGAAUGGUGAAUGAGAAAAGAGAUAAGAGGAUAGCUAAUCUUAAGGGAUAUGAGCUGGAGUCAGAGCCUAUAGUCAUUCCACACCUCUAUGAUUCUUUUCACUCAGGAGGAUACAUUUAUUCAGAUUUACCGAGAGCCUCAAGUGCAGGAUUCAUGGAAAAAUUUUCAGAGCUGGCCAUUCAAAUGGUGGAUGAUGGGGAAAAGAAGAGUCGAAGUGAAGAGUUGUUCGUGUACCCUUGUCCUUCAGAUUUUGAGCUGGAUAAUUGGAAAGUUAUGGAGCUGCCUGUUGUUUUUAAAACUUUGGAAAAGUUUACCUUUCAUUCUUUUCUUUCCUACAUUUUCUUGUCAUUCCAUCUUUGUGUGCCAAUAUUUUCUUCAUCUUACCUUUGCAGGGUCCCAAACAAUGAACAUGAAGAUAAUCAUGGCAAUAAUCUCGGAUUUGAUUUUGAAAACUUAAUUCAUGUUGAUGAACUUGAUAAUGAGGAAGAUUCAGAUAACUACACAUUGCCUCUUGAUUUGUUAAAAUUAAUAGAACAUGAAGAUAAGCCAAUUGAACCCCACCAAGAAAUUACUGAAUCAGUAAAUUUGGGAGGUGGUGAGAACAAAAGAGAGGUCAAAGUUGGUACAUCUCUUUUACCAGCUGAAAGACAGAAGCUAGAAGAGCUACUCCGAGAAUAUGUAGAUGUGUUCGCAUGGACUUAUCAAGAUAUGCCAGGACUCAGCACUGAUAUUGUAGAGCACAAGUUACCUUUAAAAUCAGGAUGUAAGCCGAUGCAGCAAAAGCUAAGGCGCAUGAAACCAGAGAUGCUGCUGAAAAUUAAAGAGGAAGUGAAGAAACAAUUCGAUGCUGGAUUUUUGGAAGUGGCAAAAUAUCCUGAAUGGGUAGCCAACAUAGUGCCAGUUCCUAAGAAGGAUGGAAAAGUGAGAAUGUGUGUCGAUUAUCGAGAUCUGAAUAGAGCAAGCCCUAAGGAUAACUUUCCUUUACCUCACAUCGAUACUCUAGUGGAUAAUACUGCUAGGCACUCCACGUUUUCCUUUAUGGAUGGUUUCUCAGGCUAUAAUCAGAUCAAGAUGGCUCGAGAUGAUAUGGAGAAAACUACAUUUGUGACCAUGUGGGGAACAUUCUGUUACAAAGUCAUGCCUUUUGGGUUGAAAAAUGCUGGUGCUACUUAUCAAAGAGCAAUGGUGACUCUUUUUCAUGACAUGAUGCAUAAAGAGAUAGAAGUGUAUGUGGAUGAUAUGAUUGCAAAAUCUCGUGAAGGAGAGGAUCAUAUCGUCAAUCUCAAAAAGCUGUUCGACAGGUUGAGGAGAUUUCAGUUGAAGUUGAAUCCUGCCAAAUGUACAUUUGGAGCCAAAUCAGGAAAACUAUUGGGCUUUGUAGUCAGUGAAAAAGGAAUCGAAGUGGACCCGGAUAAGAUACAAGCCAUCCAAAACUUAUCUCCUCCUCAUACCUCAAAAGAAGUGCGAGGUUUCUUAGGGAGAUUAAAUUAUAUUGCUCGCUUCAUCUCUCAACUCACUUAUAAGUGUGAUCCUAUUUUCAAGCUUCUCAGAAAACAUGAUCCUGGAGAAUGGAAUGACGAAUGCCAAGAAGCUUUUGAUAAGAUCAAAGAAUACUUGUCAAAUCCACCUGUGUUGGUGCCACCAAUGCCAGGAAAACCUUUGAUUUUGUACUUGACAGUGCAUGAAAAUUCAAUGGGAUGUGUGCUAGGGCAAAGAGAUGAAACUGACAGGAAAGAACGAGCAAUUUACUACUUGAGCAAGAAGUUCACUGAUUAUGAGUCAAAGUAUUCACCAUUAGAGAAGAUGUGUUGUGCAUUAACCUGGACAGCUCGAAGGCUGAGACAAUACAUGCUUUAUCACACUACUUGGCUCAUAGCAAAGCUGGAUCCUAUUAAGUAUGUCUUCGAAAAGCCCUCAUUGACAGGAAGAAUAGCACGGUGGCAAGUUAUGCUUUCAGAAUAUGAUAUCAUUUACGUGACUCAAAAAGCUAUUAAAGGGAGUGCAAUAGCUGAAUUCCUUGCUGAUCGUGCAGUCGAAGAUUAUGAGCCAAUGAAAUUAGAUUUUCCUGAUGAGGAUGUGAUGGCCAUUGAAAAAAAUGAACCUGUUGAAAAAUCAUGGAGGAUGUAUUUUGAUGGAGCUGCUAAUGCUUUGGGUCAUGGUAUUGGGGCAAUUUUGAUAUCUCCUGAUGGACAUUAUUACCCCAUCACAGCCAGAUUAAAUUUUAAUUGCACAAACAAUGUGGCUGAAUAUGAGGCCUGUGUUAUGGGUCUACAAGCAGCAAUUGAAAAGAAGAUCAAAGUGUUAGAUGUGUUUGGAGAUUCAGCUUUAGUCAUCUAUCAGUUACGAGGUGAAUGGGAAACAAGAGACUCUAAGUUGAUUCGGUACCAUAAAUACAUCUCUGAGUUGGUUAAGCAAUUUAAAGAAGUUCAGUUUGAGCAUCUACCCAGAGAGGAAAACCAAAUUGCUGAUGCACUGGCUACUCUAGCUGCAAUGAUCAAAAUAGAUGCAAAUACUGAAAUCCAACCCAUCAAGCUGGAUGUGAAAGAUAUACCAGCACAUUGCUCAGGUGUUGAAAAAGAAAUUGAUGGAAGGCCAUGGUAUCAUGACAUCAUGCAAUACAUUAAAAGCCAGCAAUACCCAGAACAUGCAACAGAAAAUGAUAAGAGAACUAUCAGAAGAUUAGCUAUGAGCUUCUUCAUUGAUGGAGAUAUCCUUUACAAAAGAAGUCGAGAUCAAGUGCUCUUAAGAUGUGUAAAUGCAGCUGAAGCAAAGAAGAUUAUUGAAGAAGUGCAUGAUGGAAUUUGUGGGGCACAUGCAAAUGGUCAUAUGAUGGCUAGACAAAUAAUGAGGGCUGGCUAUUAUUGGUUGACAAUGGAGAGUGACUGUAUUGAUUAUGCUAGGAGAUGUCAUAAAUGUCAGAUUUAUGCUGACAAGAUUCAUGCUCCACCAUCAACAUUACACGUUCUAGCUCCUCCCUGGCCAUUCUCAAUGUGGGGUAUGGAUGUCAUUGGUCCCAUUACUCCAAAAGCUUCGAAUGGGCAUAGAUUCAUUUUUGUGAUGAUUGAUUACUUCACCAAAUGGGUAGAAGCUGCAUCAUAUGCUAGUGUGACCCGAUCUGUGGUAUGUAAGUUCAUAAAAAGAGAGAUAAUAUGUAGAUAUGGGCUUCCGGAGACAAUUAUUUCUGAUAAUGCCAAAAACUUGAACAACAAAAUGAUGAAUGAAGUAUGCACUCAGUUCAAGAUCCGCCAUCGUAAUUCGGCACCAUAUCGUCCAAAAAUGAAUGGGGCAGUGGAGGCUGCGAAUAAGAAUAUCAAGAGAAUCCUGGAGAAAAUGACUGAAACUUACAAAGAUUGGCAUGAGAAGUUGCCUUUUGCCUUGCAUGCUUAUAGAACAUCAGUCAGAACAUCUACUGGGGCCACACCGUUCUCUUUGGUAUAUGGAAUGGAAGCUGUGCUACCGAUCGAAGUGGAAAUUCCCUCACUGAGAGUCCUGAUGGAGGUAGAGUUAGAGGAAGCAGAAUGGGUUCGAAAUCGCUACGAGCAGUUAAACCUCAUUGAAGAGAAAAGACUGUCAGCACUUUGUCACGGUCAAUUAUAUCAAAAGAGGAUGAUGAGAGCACAUGACAAGAAAACUCGUCCCCGUUGCUUUAGGGAAGGAGACUUAGUGCUAAAAAGAUUCCUUCCAAAUCAACAUGAUAAUCGAGGGAAAUGGACACCAAAUUGGGAAGGCCCGUAUGUGGUGAAAAAGGCCUUUUCUGGUGGGGCAUUGAUUUUGGCAGAAAUGGAUGGAGGUGAUUUGCCUACCCCAAUAAAUUCAGAUGUUGUGAAGAAAUAUUUUGCUUAAAAAAAAAGAAAAAAA